CGGCCGGGGCCUCCGGGCUUGCUGACGAUGUGGGGCAGCGAUCGCCUGGCGGGUGCGGGGGGAGGCGGAGUGGCCGUGACCGUGGCCUUCACCAACGCUCGCGACUGCUUCCUCCACUUGCCGCGGCGCCUCGUGGCCCAGCUGCACCUGCUGCAGAAUCAAGCUAUAGAAGUAGCCUGGGGUCACCAGCCUGCAUUCUUGAGUUGGGUGGAAGGCAGGCAUUUCAGUGAUCAAGGUGAACAUGUGGCUGAAAUUAACAGACAAGUUGGUCAGAAACUUGGACUCGCAAAUGGAGAACAGGUGUUUCUCAAGCCAUGUUCCCAUGUGGUGUCUUGUCAACAAGUUGAGGUGGAACCCGUCUCCGCAGAUGAUUGGGAGAUACUGGAGCUGCAUGCUGCUUUGCUUGAACAGCAUCUUCUAGAUCAAAUUCGAAUAGUUUUUCCAAAAGCCAUUUUUCCUGUUUGGGUUGAUCAGCAAACUUACAUAUUUCUCCAAGUUGUUGCACUAAUACCAACUGCUACUUAUGGAAGGCUGGAAACUGACACUGAACUCGUUAUUCAGCCAAAGACUCGCCAAGCCAAAGAGGAUACAUUUUCAAAAGCAGAUAAUGCACGUGGAAAAUUUCAUAAUUAUGGAAGAGACCAAAAAGAAUUGACAGAAGAACUUCAAACCAAGCAACUUCAAUCAAAUACUAUAGGAGUCACUGGGUCUAAUGAAACGGAUUCAGAGGUUACAGUUGAUUCGUCAUCAACACCAAGCUUAUGGACUAUGAUAGGAAGUAUAUUUUCAUUUGGGUCUGAGAAGAAACAAGAGACAUCCUGGGGUUUAACUGAAAUCAAUGCAUUCAAAAAUAUGCAGUCAAAACUUGUUCCUCUAGACAAUAUUUUCAGAGUAUGCAAAUCGCAGCCUCCCAGUAUAUGUAACGCAUCGGCAACUUCUGUGUUUCACAAACACUAUGCCAUUCAUGUAUUUCCAUGGGACCAGGAAUAUUUUGAUCUGGAACCCAGCUUUACUGUGACCUAUGGAAAGCUAGUUAAGCUACUUUCUCCAAAACAACAGCAAAGUAAAACAAAGCAAAAUGUCCUGUCACCUGAAAGAGAGAAGCAGGUGUCAGAAGCACUAGAUCAAAAGCAAAUUAGCUCAGACCAUACUCAAGAAGCUGGUAAAGCCUGUGUGCUACAGAUAGUCUGGAAUGGACUUGAGGAAUUGAAGAAUGCCAUGAAAUAUGCCAAAAAUGUAGACGCUCUCCAUCUUGGGAAAGUCUGGAUUCCAGAUGACCUGAGAAAGAGACUAAAUAUAGAAAUGCAUGCAGUAGUCAGAAUAACUCCAGUGGAAAUUACUCCUAAAAUUCCAAGAUCUCUAAAAUUACAACCUCGAGAAAAUUUACCUAAAGACAUAAGUGAAGAAGACAUAAAAACUGUGUUCUAUUCAUGGCUACAGCGGUCUACUACUACCACACUUCCUUUGGUAGUAUCAGAGGAAGAAUAUAUUAAGCUGCAAAUUAAAGAUGGGUUGAAGGAAUUUUCUCUAAAUAUAGUUCAUCCCUGGGAAAAAGAAAGAGAAAAAAAUAUUUUUCUGUUGAGUACUAAUCUGCUGCAGAAGACCACAAUACAAGUCCUUCUAGAUCCUAUGGUAAAAGAAGAAAACAGUGAGGAAAUUGACUUUAUUCUUCCUUUUUUAAAGCUGAACUGCUUGGGAGGAGUGAAUUCCUUAGGCGUAUCCUCCAUGGAGCACAUCACUCAUAGCCUCCUGGGACGCCCUUUGUCUCGGCAAUUGAUGUCCCUUGUGGCAGGACUUAGGAAUGGAGCCGUUUUACUCACAGGAGGAAAGGGGAGUGGAAAAUCAACUUUAGCCAAGGCAAUCUGUAAAGAAGCAUUUGACAUAUUGGAUGCCCACGUGGAGAGAGUUGACUGUAAAGCUUUACGAGGAAAAAGGCUUGAAAACAUACAAAAAAACCUAGAGACAGCUUUCUCAGAGGCGGCAUGGAGGCAGCCUUCUGUUGUUCUGCUGGACGACCUCGAUCUCAUUGUGGGCCUGCCUGCUCCCCCGGAACACGAGCAUGGUCCCAACGCUGUGCAGAGCCAGCGCCUCGCACAUGCUUUGAAUGAUAUGAUGAAAGAGUUUAUUUCCAUGGGAAGUUUGGUUGCACUGAUUGCCACAAGCCAGUCUCAACAUUCUGUGCAUCCUUUACUUGCUUCUGCUCAAGGCAUUCACAUAUUUCAGUGCGUUCAACAUAUUCAGCCUCCUGAUCAGGAGCAAAGAUGUGAAAUUCUGCAUAAUGUAAUCAAAAAUAAACUGGACUGUGACAUAAACAAGUUCACUGAUCUUAACCUGCAACGGAUAGCUAAAGAAACUGAAGGGUUUGUGGCUAGAGAUUUUACAGUGCUUGUGGACCGAGCCAUGCAUUCCCGUCUCUCUCAUCAGAGUAUAUCCACUAGGGAAGAAUUAGUUUUAACAACAUUGGACUUCCAAAAGGCUCUCCACGGAUUUAUUCCUGCAUCUCUGCGAAAUGUCAACCUGCAUAAACCUAGGGAUCUGGGCUGGGAUAAGAUUGGUGGAUUACAUGAAGUUCGGCAGAUACUCAUGGAUACUAUCCAGUUACCAGCUAAGUACCCAGAAUUAUUUGCAAACUUGCCCAUACGACAGAGGACAGGAGUACUGUUGUAUGGUCCUCCUGGAACAGGGAAAACCUUACUAGCUGGAGUAAUUGCACGAGAGAGUGGAAUGAAUUUUAUUAGUGUCAAGGGACCGGAGUUACUCAGCAGAUAUAUUGGAGCAAGUGAACAAGCUGUGCGGGACAUUUUUAUUAGAGCACAGGCUGCAAAACCCUGCAUUCUUUUCUUCGAUGAAUUUGAAUCCCUUGCUCCUCGGCGAGGCCAUGAUAAUACAGGAGUUACAGAUCGCGUAGUUAACCAGCUGCUGACCCAGUUGGAUGGAGUAGAAGGCUUACAGGGUGUUUAUGUAUUGGCUGCUACUAGUCGUCCUGACUUGAUUGACCCUGCCCUGCUUAGGCCUGGCCGACUAGAUAAAUGUGUAUACUGUCCUCCUCCUGAUCAGGUGUCACGUCUUGAAAUUUUAAACGUUCUCAGUGACUCUCUACCUCUGGCAGAUGACGUGGACCUUCAGCAUGUGGCGUCAGUGACCGACUCCUUCACGGGCGCUGAUCUGAAGGCUUUGCUUUACAAUGCCCAGUUAGAGGCCUUACAUGGAAGGCUGCUGUCCUCUGGACUCCAAGAUGGAAAUUCCAGCUCUGAUAGUGACCUAAGUCUGUCUUCAAUGGUUUUUCUUAACCACAGCAGUGGCUCUGAUGAUUCAGCUGGAGAUGGAGAAUGUGGCCUAGAGCAGUCCCUUGUUUCUCUCGAGAUGUCCGAGAUGCUUCCAGAUGAAUCAAAAUUCAAUAUAUACCGGCUCUACUUUGGAAGCUCGUAUGAAUCAGAACUUGGAAAUGGAACCUCUUCUGAUGUGAGCUCACAGUGCCUGUCUGCUCCAAGCUCCAUGACUCAGGAUUUUCCAGGAGUUCCUGGGAAAGAUCCGUUGUUUUCACGACCUCCAGUGUUCGGAACAGCUUCACAAGAGGGUUACCAGGAGCUUACACAGGAACAAAGAGAUCAACUGAGGGCAGACAUCAGUGUUAUCAAAGGCAGAUACCAGAGCCAAAGUGGAGAGGAUGACUCCCUUAACCAACCAGGACCAACCAAAACCAGUCUGGCUAUUAGUCAGUCACAUUUAAUGACUGCACUCAGUCACACAAGGCCGUCCAUUAGUGAAGAUGACUGGAAGAAUUUUGCUGAGCUGUAUGAAAGCUUUCAAAAUCCAAAGAAGAGAAAAAAUCAAAGUGGAACAAUGUUUCGACCUGGACAGAAAGUAACUCUAGCAUAAAAUAUGCUUCUGAUUUUUUUUUUGCUGGCGUGUCCCUAUGUUGUAACGGUAAAAAUGAUGUCUGUAAAUUUCUUUUUAAUUUAACAAAUUAAGGUUAUCUAUAAAAUCACAGAUUGGUAAACCUGUGGUUAUGUAAUGAUCAGGAUUACUUGAGAUUAAUACUGUAGAAUAAAUUGGGAUAUUUAUAACAGAUUCUGUAUUUUAUUUCCUAUAAAUCUAUGUUAAAUCUUUAAUGAAAUAAUAUUGGCCAAAUGGUGUAACUAAUUUUUUUCCUCCUUUGAAGAAAAGACAAUAGAGGAUGUAAUUAAAUCCAUUUCUUAAAACUCACUGACAGUUGCACAUUUAACAUCUUUCUUGCAUUUGACACAUUUUAUGCUUAGCAACUUCUUGACUGUUUUGGAAAUAAAAUAUUCUAUUAUUUACUGA